UCCGGCCCCCUGGAACCCCACCUGGAACCCUGAAAGCGCGAAAACAUGAGUGACUCCGCGAGAGAGCGCGUUCGCCUCCGGCGCUACUCCGAGCUCCCGGUGUGGGUGGCGGAGGAUCAUCAGGAGGUUCUGCCUUUUAUAUACCGGGCCAUUGGCUCAAAGCAUCUUCCUGCCAGUGAUAUAAGUUUUGUACAUUUUGAUUCGCAUCCGGAUCUCCUUAUUCCUGUCAAUAUGCCAGCAGACACUGUGUUUGACAAGGAAACACUCUUUGGAAAAUUAAGUAUUGAGAAUUGGAUUAUGCCUGCAGUUUAUGCUGGCCAUUUUUCUCACAUAAUAUGGCUUCAUCCCACAUGGGCUCAGCAAAUUAAAGAGGGCAAACAUCACUUUUUAGUAGGCAAAGACACGUCUACCACAACAAUCAGGGUUACAAGUACAGAUCAUUACUUCCUAAGUGAUGGUCUUUAUGUACCUGAAGACCAGCUAGAGAACCAAAAACCUUUACAUUUGGAUGUAAUUAUGGUAAAACCUUACAAACUCUGUAACAACCAAGAAGGAAAUGACGCCGUCUCUUCUGCUAAGAAGCCAAAGCUAGCACUGGAAGAUGCGGAAAGCACCGCCUCUCCUAACUGUGACUCUUAUUCAGAAGGACUGGAAAAGGACACAGUGACACAGAAAAGUGGCCAAGCUUGCCUGGAACCAUCAUGUUCAUGUUCUGAGAGUCAGGAAUGCCAGACUGCAGUCAAAACUAGGGAAGUUCUGGAAAUUUUGAAGAAGGGGGAUGCAUUUGUUUUAGAUAUUGACUUAGAUUUUUUUUCAGUCAAGAAUCCUUUCAAAGAAAUGUUCACUCAGGAAGAGUACAAAAUCCUACAAGAGCUAUAUCAGUUUAAAAAGCCUGGCACCAACCUAACACAGGAAGAUCUAGUAGACUGUGUUGAUACUCGAACUCAUCAGUUAGAAGAUCUAGAAGCUACCUUUGCUGAUUUGUGUGAUUGUGAUGAUGAAGACACUAUACAGAGAUGGGCUUCAAACCCUGGAAUGGAGUCACUAGUUCCGCUUAUACGGAGUUUGAAAAAACGGAUGGCAGUGCCAGACUAUGAAAUGGUUCACCAGGCUGGUCUGACCUGUGAUUAUUCAGAACUUCCUCACCACGUCAGCACAGAACAAGAAAUAGAGUCUCUUAUUCAGUCUGUAUAUUGUUUACUGAAACACUUACCAAAACCUACACUUGUGACAAUUGCAAGGUCAAGUCUAGAUGAUUACUGUCCUUGUGAGCAAGUUGACAGCAUUCAAGAAAAGGUCCUCACUGUGCUCCGCUCCCUCUAUGGGACUCUGGACAUUCACCUGGCAUACUCAGCAGACUCUUCUCCAUCUUGAAACAAACAGAACACUGAGCCUCUCUUACAGCCUGGUGUAGUAAUAGGGCUUUCAUUAACUUAAUUGUAAAUGAGUCUUCCAGAGAAUACAAUGUUUUUGUAUUAACUUUCAGUUAAAAUGUUACGAGUAUUUUAAAUCUCCAAACAAGUGUCAUUAGUUGUUGAACAAUGGCAGUUUUUUUGUCAUCAAGUCCACCCCUAAUUGAUGGAACUAUUGCUGCUGCUUCCUUUCAUCAUUGUCAUCUUCAUUUUUGUGAGACGUUUUUUCCCUUUUCCCGCUAGUUUGGUUGGACUGUAUGAGAUUGAUUCAUUCAUUCAACCAGCUGAUUUACUGAGCACUUACCAUGUGCCAGACAUUAUUAGUGCUGGGUAUAUGCUGAUGGACAGAAGAGACAAGGCCCCUGCCCUCUGAGGGGAGACAAAUGAGAAACAAAUUAUACAUUGUGAGAAGCGUUAUGAAGGAAAGGACACCGCAAGCAUGUCUUAGGCAUCCUGUUAGUACUCAGGGCACCCUAGCCUUAUAGGAGAGUAAUAUUCUCGAAAGCUACUACCAAAAAAAAAAAAAAAAACUUGUCAGCCCAUGAAAACGUUGCAUAAAGUCUACCUUCCGAGGCUGUUGGGAUCAUAGCUUGGCUCUGGCCGAACGUUCUCCAGCGUUGUUGGGAUUAAGGAGGUCUGGGGCGUGAACUCGACCAAACAAACAUCUAUUACUCUUUGUUGAUCAAAAAGCCCUUUAUGGUUUUUUGUGCCUCCAGUUCAUCAUGGUGGGCCUCGAUUAUCAUUGUAGUCCCUAAGUGCCAUUUUAUUGGCAGUCUGGGUUGAUGGUUUGUUUGUUUUUUCUUUUCUCCAGAUAAACCAGCUUUUUAUGUAAAUAGUAAGAUAAAAGGUUAAAUCUUUAAUUCUGACUUGCCAUAAAUAUGCAAGGACAUAACUGUCUUCCACCAGCGUCUCCAUGAGUAAGAGAUCCUAACUGAUUGACUCUUAAUCAUGGAACUUUUCAGAUUCUCAGUUUGCCAAAGUCUUCCCGUAUUUCUUCUCCUUUAGAGGUGGGAUAGCAUUUAAAAGAAAAAACAAAGAAUAACCAUCAUUUCCUCCAUCUUUACAGAGCAUUGUUUUUGUUUUUGCAUGUAAUUAUCAGGCCUUGUCCACAUGUAUACAUGUAUUGUUGCAUGUAGCUAAAAUUAGAGCAUGUUACUCAGCUUUGUAGCUAAUACUCAAGGACACAUUACUAUUGCCAUUCAGUAGAUGGCAGCAGACCCCUUUUUUCCAGUGAUUCCAUUUUCCAGCAGAUUUUCCCUAUCAAUGAGGUGAUUUCUCAAGGCUGAUAGCAUGAAUACUUAUUUCUAUUGUGAAAAGCAAAGCAUACUUACUUAGCUUUCCAUUUUGAUAGAACAUUAUAUGCCAAUAAGGUUUAUUUUCUCUGGAAAAUGCAGAAUGACAACACAAGUGAUAUUUAUUUUCAAGUUUUGAAAGUAUUCUGUUAGAGUUCUGUAAAUAGAAGUUACUUUUAUGAGUAAAUUAUUUUGUGUGCAAAAAGAAAUAAACAGGUAUGUUUUAAAGUUUUGAAGACUUUAAAUCAAACUCUUACAC